GGAAAAAAAAAAAAAAAAACAAAAAAGGAGAUACGUUUGCGCUCAAGAACACGUUUAACAGAAGCUUCGGGUCCUAAAUUACAAAACUAAAGUACUUUUGAUUCAUGUUGAGGUUAUCAUUCACAUUAUCAUUCUGUCGUUGAUUCUCUUUCUGGGUUCUUCAUUUCAUCUUCAGCUUCGUUGAAACAAAAGGUCUAGUAAAAGAAAAGCAAUGGUGAAGGAGACUGAAUAUUAUGAUAUAUUGGGUGUAAGUGUUGAUGCCUCCCCAGCUGAGAUCAAGAAGGCUUAUUACCUGAAGGCACGGAUAGUCCACCCAGAUAAAAAUCCUGGAGACCCAAAGGCUGCAGAAAAUUUUCAGGUACUUGGUGAGGCAUAUCAGAUUUUAAGUGAUCCUGAGAAGCGUGAAGCGUAUGACAAGCAUGGAAAGGAUGGAAUAACGCAUGAGUUCAUGGUGGAUCCUUCAGCUGUGUUUGGCAUGCUUUUUGGAAGUGAGUUUUUUGAUGAUUAUGUUGGGCAACUAGCGCUGGCUACGUUGGCAGGCAUUGAGCUUGAAAAUGAGUCGCAGGACCCAGAAGUUCGUCGGCAGAAAAUGCAGGAGAAAAUGAGGGCAUUGCAGAAAGAGAGGGAAGAAAAGCUCAUCACAAAUCUGAAAAAUCGUCUUGAACCAUUUGUUGAAGGCCGAACAGACGAGUUUGUACUAUGGGCAAGUUCAGAAGCUCGUCGCCUCUCUGCGGCUGCUUUUGGUGAAGCUAUGCUACACACGAUUGGCUAUAUUUACACAAGACAAGCUUCAAAGGAGCUUGGAAAGGACAAACGGUUUAUGAAGGUGCCAUUUUUGGCAGAAUGGGUACGAGAUAAAGGCCAUCAGAUAAAGUCGCAAGUAAUGGCAGCAUCAGGUGCUGUUUCUUUGAUUCAAAUACAAGAAGACCUGAAGAAGAUUAACCAAGCAGAAAACAAAGAAGAGAACCUAAUGAAAGCCAUUGAAGAUAAGAAGGAUGCUGUGCUUCAAUCCCUUUGGCAGAUCAAUGUGGUUGAUAUUGAAUCAACCCUAUCACGGAUCUGCCAAGCUGUAUUGAAAGACCCUAGUGUGUCCAAGGAUGUUCUGAAACUAAGGGCAAAAGGGCUGAAAAAACUUGGGACUGUCUUCCAGGUAGGUUUUAUUUUCCUUUUACAUUGGUGGUGAUAUUUGACUCAGUAUC